AUGCAGAAGACUUCGUUCCUCGCCGCCCUCGUCCUCGCCAUCACCGGCCCCGCCAUCUUCGCAGCUGGCCAGGAAUGGACCAAGGCGUCGCUCUUCCUGGGCCCGUCGGAGGACCUCACGGACAGCGCCAACGCUAUCGUCCUCAAGCCUCUCAACGAGACGUCGGGGGACAAGGAGAUGGUCUGCAUGGGGGCCCUCUGCUGUACUCAUUGCUUGCCGAUCCGAGCCCGCAGACUCGAGGAAGUUCUCGACGAGCACCGGCGCCUCCAAGUGACGGGCAAGAGCCAAGUCCAGGAGAUCGCGUGCUUUGACCAACCCUGGGGACUGCAAGCGCCAUCACCAGACGACACUGCGCGCUGGCAGGAUCCGAUCCCGGUGCCUAUCCAGGCACCGGUGCCGAUGCCAAUCUCGACGCUGAGCUCCUGGAGCAGAAGCCCAGCGAAUGACCAAGCGAGGCGCGUGCAUUGGAGGCAGCAGAGCAGCACUCGACAGCGGCAGUGGACGAGCGGCACGCGGCAGCAGCGAGGACUGGCAGGCGGCACGCAGCAGCACCGAGGACUGGCUGCCGGCAAGCAGCAGCAGCAGCUAUUGGAGCAGCAGUAG